UCGUGCUGACGCUCGCGACGCGUAUCCGAGCGACGCCGGUUAGUAAACACCAACGAUCUCCGCUAUAAGAUCUUUAGUAAACACGGCGCUGAGGCUCCCAGAAAGAAGUCAGCGGUGAGCAGAGUUUGGUGAUGGCAUGGGAAGGAGAUUACCAUUUGGAUUAUUCCUGUUCAGGCUACAUGUUGGAUUGCAUACCUGGGGAUUUGGAAUUGCAUCAAGCUCUUGAUGAUAUUGAUGAGCGACUGAAGCAGAAUGCUGCAGGUAUUGAGGAGACUGUGAAGGAACUGCAGUCGGAUCUUGAUAAGCUUUGUGCAGGGCAGAAGUUGGAGAAGAAUGGUGACUGCCUGCAAUGGUUAAAUAGUUCCAAUUGUUCCUCUGUCAAACUGUUCACAACUCCAUGUAAUCAAUUAACAGAUUUUCUUAAAGCACUGCUUCAUUUUCUGAAGACUGAAAAAGGCUUGGAAGAAAUGAUCAUGCAGCUGCUUUUGGAUCUCUCUUCUGAGUGUGGUGUUGUCUUUCCACUGACUUCAUGUGGGGCUUCGUUUCACAUUCCUUCUACUACAUCAAUUCAUACUGUUGAGGACAAUGGAUUUCUUAAUGCCCUCUCUAUGUGGGAUGAUGUGAGAUUAUAUCUUCGUAGGUUCAUCAUUGAUAAGCUUCAAAAUUGUCAAGAAAUAAAUGAUGUGCUUCCAACAAUUCAAUUGAAAACACAGUGUCUUCAGCAGCUUCUAUUUUUGUAUCCAGAAACUGAAGUUCUAACUAGAUAUCAAAAUAUGCAGUACCAAUCUGUGCAAGAUUUGUUACAGAAUAAAGUAUUGAUCAACAUCAGUGAGAUCAGUUUUGACGAAAUGACUCAUGGGUUUGAAGUCGUGAUUCCUUUGGUGUUAACCAUGAUGAGACAAGAUUUAUAUGCUUUACGAACACUUGCGGAGGAUUCUAAAGUACAGAAAUUUAUUAACGAUACGUACCUACAAAAUAUUGCAAGUGAGCUUUACAUUUUGAUUGAAAAGUUUUGUGAGCAGCAGCUGAAGAAAAAUGCAUUGCAUUCGACAAAGCAACUUUCGACAAAGGCAAACAAAUAUUUAAACAAACAAAAGCGAACAGUACAUUCUGUGGUUACCCAGGAGCAGUCGAAGCAGAUAGGAGACUUGGAUAUCACUACCCACCAGCUUAGAAGUCUUUCCCAACUGAUAAAAAUUCUUAUUCUUCUGGAAAAAAGAAUGAAAGAACUUCUUUCAGAGGUCUUUUUGGAAAGCACUUUCACACAGCAAGGCAGAAAUGUUCGAGGAGUGCUAAAGAAGGCCCCAACAAAUAUUGACAUGCCAUCAGAUAUGAACAAAACCUGCAUGCAAGAUGACCAGUUGCUAUUUAUGGCUGAGUAUGUUUCUCUAGAAUGUGACUGGAGAAAUGCUUUCAAGGAGUUGGCUCAUUCUGCAGCCUACUCUGUGAAGAUGGUAAUUGAAGAAAUAUGUUCAAAAUACCUUGAACAAGAAACAAACCUUUACAACUCAGGUAAAAGCUUAGCAAUGUGCACACAAUCUGUGGAAGCUACAUGGAAUCAAUGUACGGAGAAAGAACCAUCUAAAAAAGUCACAAAGUUUUGUACUGACAUCAUGAUGGAUAUUGAUACGCUAUUUCCAUUGGCCCUGGCAAGCAAUGAAAACUUUCUUCAGGAAAUUAGGGAAAACUUUGUGGAAAGUUAUUCCAAAGUGGCUGCAGAUGUCCUAUCUCGACUUGAAGAGAGAAGCAAAGACGUUCCUUCUAAGGUUCCAGUGCAAAACCUAUAUAUUAUCCUCUCCACAGCGAUAUUUGUCCAUAAUUUCUUAACCAAGUAUGAAAAUGCACUGAAACAGACGAGUAAAAAUAGGUCGUUGUUUUUGCUGCCAGUUCAGCAGUAUCAAGAAUUCAUCAAAGUGAUCCAAUUUCAAAUUACAAGCUACAACAUAAGAGUUUGUGCCACAAGUAUUUUCCAGGAUGCCCAGAGCCACCACUGGGAAGACUCCAAAUCAUUUUAUGAGGGGGAAAGAUGUUCCUUUUCCAUUCAAAUGUGGCAUUACCACUGUUGUGCUCUCCGUCAUGAUCUCUGGAGUGUGGUUCCCGCUAAGAUAGCCCAGGAGCUCCUCGCUGAGGUGUUGAGUGAAACCUUAUCCAUUCUGGCAUCCAGAUACUCUCAGUGCUGUCCUACAUAUAAGAGAACCUCACAGUUAAGAACUGACAUUACAGCCAUCCUUCUUUGCACUGAAAACCUUUUAUGGUCGGUUUGCCAAUCAGCUGAAGAAUUGCUUCAGCCUUUGGAGGAUACGUCUCACUGGAUUUUCACCAUUCACAAUCAUUGCAAUGCACUUCUUGCUGCUCUUGCUGUUUUGACAUCACCACUUGACAAACUGUACGAAGUAUUUUGUGGUGGUUUCUGUGAAUAUGAUGCUGCACAACCUUUAAAGCCAGUGAAUUGUGGCUUACUGGAAUGGUUACGUUGGAUUCAAAGUUCUUUUUCUUAUGAAUUACUCAGCUCACCAUCGUGUGAUAAGAUAUCUGUUGAUCAGCACCUUACAUUGUUAUUAUCACAACCCCGCUGCGAUUGGAACUUACUUCUGCAAAUACUUAUACUUCAGGAUUGUCUGGUCCCUCGAAUUCUGCUGAAUAAUAUGUCAACUGAUCCAAAAAAUGUUGUUGAUGAAUACAUAGAAGAAAAACAAUCAGCAUUGAUAGAAGCAAUUGUGAUGGUAAUGGCAUACUGCAAAUCAUUGCCCAAAGAUCUUGGAAUUGUUCUUGAAGGCUACAUGGACAAACAUCAGCUGUGGAAUAAAUUGUGUUACUUAGCAGCUGAAGAUGAGUCAGAUGUGCCAAGGUGUCUGAAGUUGUUCAUAUCCAAAGCAAUCAAGCCAAUUUUAAAGCACGUCAUCUCCUUGCUUCAUACGUGGCAAGCUCUGGAAAAUCCUGGCACAUGUCACAAGCAAGUGCCUCCUGAGAGUUUACUCAGUAAAAUUCCCAAAGAAUGGGAUUAUGUACCAAGGGAAUUUAAAAGAAGAGAAUAUGGAAAAAAUUUUACAAAACAUGCUGCUCAAGUUAUUUCAGUUUUAAUUGAUAACCUGCCUGCAAUAAUUGUUUCAAUACCUUCAACGAUUAAAUACCUCUUCAAUUUAGCAGAAAAAAAAUUAAUGAACAAUAUUCCUGAACUCAUAAAUUCAUACCUUCUUUGGUAUGUUAUUACGAUAUUUUGCCGAACUCUGGAAGAUGGAAAUGCUACAGAAUUAAUUUCAGGUUUCACAAUAGACAGAUGGUGUAAAGGCAAACUGGAGCUGGUGAGUGAAUGUCUGUUAAACAUUAUGGGACAGCAAAAGGAAAAUCCCAAACCAGUAAUACAGAAGAUCAUCAACUGUCUGGAAAAACAAAGACCUAAAUGGAUUGAAGGCCAACUACAAAAUGCAAAGAAGUUCUGCUCGGAUAGUGCAUUUCUCACAGACAAAGAUUCGAUUGCACAGGAAAAAGACUGUAUGGCUGAAUUGACUGAGCAGAAAAUAAGUAUGAUGCUCCUGGAUAUUUGCCACCAGCCAGGUGGUAAUGAAUACCUGAGACAGAUUUAUCACAUCAUCCAACUCAAUGAGGAUUGGUUGAAAGAACAAAUUUAUUCUCAGGAUAUUUCACAUGGAUUUGGGACGUCACAGAAUCCCAAGCAAUUUAUUUUGAAUGGGUUUCAUCAACCUUUGAUGUUUAACCCUAUGCAUGUUUUCAACCACAUUGGCUCUACUAACUUUAACCAGUCAACUAUAACUGAAUGGAAUUGGGAUUGGUCAAAAGUACUGCGUAGUACUCUGGGACUGAGUCAGUUGACCUUCAGGACGUUGCUAGCAAACAGAUGGGAAAUGCAAGCUUACUCAACUCUUGAAGCCAAAGAAAAGGAUAUGAUAGACUACCUACAAAAAAUGUAUUUUACUGAGGUCAAAGACAAUUAGAAUGGCAAUCAUGUUAAUAAAAUGUCACUGGUUCAAUUCUUGUUUUUGUUUUUCUAUCAAUUGAAUGUAAAAAUAUUAGAAGAAUGCAAAAGUUUGAAACAUUAGAAGAACAUAUGCAAUUGUAUUCAUAAUUAAACAUAGCCUUUGUUCAAUGGAAGUUGUCUAAUUCCUGUAACAUAAAAAUGUACUAUGAAGAUAAAUUGGAUUUAAAUUGCACUUCUGUAGAAAUUAGUUAGAUUUCCCGUGUAGGGUGAGAGUUACAUUAUUUACCUCUCGCCCUGACGCUUCAGGAGUUUAUCUGGAAUACAGAAAUCUGCUAGGAAUCAAAUAGCAAUCUAAUUCCUGCCCCAGAUAACCAAUAGUCCUUGUUAGAAAACACAUAUUAUGAAUGUUGAGUUUGUGCAGGUGUUGUGUUCUUUAUAAUAUGUAAUACAUCGAUGUGCACACAUUAAAACUUGCUUCAAAGAAG